AUGAGCAAAUAUCGUGUCAUUUAUGGCUUAUGCAAUAAUGCACCUUCUGCUUCUGCUGCUGCCUACCAAGGAGGGGAUAUCACCUUUGAAAUCUUUGGGAUGACCAAAUGCGUCGAAGAAGGAAGAAUCGCAUACACCUUAUUUGAAAUGCCAAGGACGCGAGGGGCGCAGAAGCUUCGGCCAUCAAACCCGUUAAGGAAUGACCAAUCCUCUCAGCCCUGGUAUAAGUGGUCUGAGGACCAAAGGAAGAAUGCCGUUUGGAAUCUUGGCACACACAACACCUAUCACCCUCCUGUUGCACUCUUAUUUUAG